GCUUUGCCUAAAUUACCAUCCGCCAAGGAGAUGGCGGAGAUUAUGAUGACUAAUGUGUUCAGAGUUCAUGGAUUCCCCAAAGACAUUGUUUCAGACCGGGGGCCCCAAUUUGUAUCACGGUUCUGGAGGGAGUUCUGCCGACUAAUUGGAGCCAAGGCCAGCCUAACAUCUGGAUAUCAUCCUGAAGCCAAUGGCCAGACCGAACGACUAAACCAGCAGCUGGAAACCGGCCUCCGGUGCUUGGUCUGCCAGAACCCCUCCACAUGGAGCAAGCACCUGGUCUGGGGUACCAGCCCCCUCUCUUUCCCGAGAAUGAGUUGGAAGUGUCGGUCCCCUCCGCCCAUGCCAUGGUCAAACGUUGUCACCGUAUUUGGGCAGCCGCCCGCCAGGUAUUGAACAAACAAGGAGAUCGGAUGAAGCGGGCGGCAGACCGCAAGAGACGGCCUGCGCCCGCCUACCAGCCUGGUCAGAAAGUCUGGCUAUCAGCCAAGGACCUACGCCUCAAGGUUCCAUCAAAGAAACUGGCACCACGUUUUGUAGGCCCAUUCCCAAUCAAUAAACUCGUCGGACCUGCAGCAGUGCGGCUUCGUCUUCCCCGAUCCCUCCGCGUCCAUCCCACCUUCCACGUCAGUCAGAUCAAACCAGCCAAAGUAAGCACCAUGGUCCCAGCCACCACGUCCCCUCCACCACCCGAAAUGAUCGAAGGCGGACCAGUAUACAAGGUUAAACGCUUGUUGGCAGUACGGAACCGGGGCCGGGGCAGACAAUUCCUGGUGGAUUGGGAAGGAUAUGGACCCGAAGAGAGACAGUGGGUUCCGUCCCGCCACAUUGUCGACCCCACUCUCAUCAGGGACUUCUAUAGACUCCACCCUGAGGUUCCUGGGCCGUCAGGAGUCGGCCUUAGAGGGGGGGGUUCUGUCACACCUGGGUGAAGUCUUGUCUGGGUUUCGUCUGGUUUCAUGUUGUCUUGUCAUUUCCUGUUUUAUUUUGAAAGGUUAACUCUCCCUCUCAUUUCAGGUCACUUGCCCUUCCUCCCGUUUCACUGGUCUGAUGUCUCUCCUGAUUGCCUGAUUGUGCCCACCUGUGUCACCCUCCCUCAUGUGUAUAAAUGUCUCUUCCUCCUCUUGUCUUGUGCCAGAGUAUAUCGUCUCGUCACGUACCUCCAGCCUUUGUCCACAGCAUCAAACCAAGUUGUUAAGUAUUGCCUCGCCUUAUUUAUUGAUUUCUUUGUUUCCUCUGAGAGAGUGAUU